AUGGACUGCACUAUUCAACAGUUGAGGCUACAUCAGACUUUACACAACGCCAUUCAGGACCUUUCUUUGGAGCAAACUGCACUUUUAAACACCGUCUUGACGCGCACUUCUACCGAUUUCGCAGAUGUGCUUGUUGAUGGACGGUGUGCUACAGGCAGCUCAACAGUGGGUACUGCAGCUGCGAUAUGGCUUUACAAUAGCAACGCCUUGAAUACUCCUGGGGGGCAUGGCUUACCGUUGUAUAAGACACCCGCGGCGAUCCACGAGAGACAGGUGUUGACCACGCUGUACGCCGUGCACUGCCUCCUCACAAAUCUCACCAGCCGUGUUAGAAACCAACGGGGUGGAAUCGGCGGCGGCGGUGCGAGGGGUGUCGAGGUGAGUAUACUGCUGGCCGCCAACGAUACAUCGGUGGGGCCUUUGUAUGAGCUGGCGAAGAAGGUGGGAAUCCGCUGCAGAAUCGGUGUUUCUUUAGUACGGCAUGGCGAGUCCUUUAUUGAUGCUAUGGAUAAUGCUAUAAGAGUAAGGAAUGGUAGGGAGACCCCGGAAGAGGGUACUUUUUCAGUACCCACCGGAAACAAUGACGACAACGCCGGUUCAGGUUUUCUGCUUAUCGCCACGCUGAAGAGUUUCUUGAUGUGGAAUUCGCCGGAUUUUGCGCGUAGUUUAGUUCUUCGAAAUCGCACUGAUAAUGUUAAUUCUGAUGAGAACGAGUGGCCGAGGGAUAGGUUUUUGACGAAUUUUGUUGGAGUGGUGCCUCACAUUGCUGCGCUGGUGGCUGAGGACAUCGGUGGGCUUCAUCCCGGAACAACAGACGAGACUAGCUGGCAUGACAUUAUUGGAGGAAUGCUAAAUGUAGCAGAGCGUGCACACUCGCGUUUCAUCACCAUCACUCACCUUCUUCCUCAUUUUAUGUGGCUGUGUCUGGGUCCUCUUUCUUCUCUUUCACCGAUGGUGCGCAGCAGGCUGAGCCGUCGAAACCGGCGCCACUAUCCAUUGCUCCCGAACAACUACAUUUCAUCUUUUUCAGCCUCACUGGCACAUUGCGGGACGGGCACGACAUCGCCCAUGGAAAAUAUUAAUAUGCGCUACCUACUCUACCUUGACGACAAGGAUCGCGAGGAGCAGCUGCAGAUGAUUCUAAAGCAAACCCACGCCUUCCGCCGGGCAUUUCUACUGACACAUCACAAGGAUAUUCGUCAGCUGAGCUCUAAAAUCCAGGCUAGUGGGCUUUUUGAUAGUACAAAUUCAGAUUCUGGUUUGGCGACUAGCACAGAUUUUGUUGCCGCUAACACCACCACUACCUUCUCCAGCGGAAACCAUGUUAAUACUGUGGAUAGCCGCCAGUAUUUCUUUCUGCGCAGCGAUACUGCGGAUCGUCAACACAGCUUGCUUCUCUCUUUCACGCAGUCCAAAACUCAAAUGUCAGCACUGCUUAUUGGCUGGGAUACUUGUACUGCUGUGGACCUCAUGGAUAUCGAUGUUCUCGUUCAAUACUACCCACCCCAGAAGUCACUCACAGAGCAGGAGUGGGCGGAAUUCAUUCAAAUACUUCACACUACUGGUGACAGUGAGCUCACGAUCGAGUCUACGCUGCGCUCCAAUCCCAACAACUCCGAGCAGCAUAUCAAACUCAAGGUGGCGCAGCUUCGGGUUGGGCUUAGCACGAGUUCCCCUCUGAUCUCAUCACGUUGCCGUCAGUCCCCGGUGAUUGUGACCUUUAUCAGCAAUUCCGACUUCUCGCUCUGUGCGCACUUUAUCCAGCAGUACUACUACAGCGGUGGGACGGGGUCGUUGUCGAUGGCGGCCGCCAGUUCAGCCCUCUCCGCCCUGACCACGGCCCCAGGGCAGCCCGGGGUAUGGCUUCCGAGCCCAGACCCGGCGCAUCUUCCCAUCCUGAACAUCUGUGCCUCGCACCCCCUCUUUCCGCUGCUCCUUACUGGCCUGGAGGAGGGCCGUGGGGGGCCUCUCAGGGGCCUGGAGCCCCACCCCUCGGAGAUGGAGGACGCGGUUACAAUUCGGAACGUCCUCAGGGUGAAGCUUCAUAAGGAGCGGGAGAUGCUUAGCCGGGCUGGGGCCAGAGGCACCAACAGCAUCGGCACGCCCAAUGGGAGUUCCUUCACUAACUCAGGGAACUCUCGAAAUAGUGGUAGUCAUUCCAUUUUCACACACAGCAUUAUGAAUAGCGUCAUGACGAACAGCAGCUUACCUACUACCACGGUGUUGGGAAUCAGUAGUAAAAGCAAUUCGGGCACCCCGCUUCAGACCGCCGGAGCGGGGGCGUUGGCGGAUACCACUAAUGGGAACGGUUCUGGCUUCCAGUCUACCCGCAAAGGCCGACGUGGGAAUAGGAACAGUCGCCGGAGAGGCUCGUCUGACAGAAAAACAUCGGGAAACGGUGCAGACACUGAGCAUGACAAGUUAUCAUCCACCAGGCCCAUCUCUUCCUUGUCCAUCAACACUGGUAUUAUUACUAUCAGGAAGGAGCCGAUGAAUGAUUUGAAUAGGGAUAAAAGCGGAAGCAGCAACGACAACGGUAGCGGGUUGAACAACAGGGAUACGGGAAGCAACCAGCGACAACUGAAGGGUAGCAGUGGUAUGAGACGGGGCGGGAAGCGUAAGCCCCACUCCGAUUUCGACGAUGCAUCGAACGACAAACAGACGGGCGGCGUCCCCUAUGACAGCAAUCCAAAGAAAGAUGAGGAUAUGCAUAGGGUGGGAAACGGCGCACCACUGCUGAGAAACCCGAUCAUCGAUGUUUUCACGUCCGCAGCAGCGUCGGGGAGUGCGGGCGAUAUGGCUAACAAGCAGAGCACUGCCUCCAACCUUGACAUCGUUAGCAAGAAGAAAUCUACAGCACAAGUUGUCGGGGGAAUGCUGGAGAAGAUUGGUGUCAAGGCGCGUGUGGAAUCGGGUAUUGGAAUCUAA